AGAGAAGAGACUAAGUGUACAUGUGAAAAAGUGAUGCUUAGUGAUAGUUUUUGUUCUGUUAACAUUAACUACAGUGUUUAAAAUGUCUACAGUCGCACAAGAGUAUAUGAACGGCGACAGACCUGGCCCUUUGACGAGGGAGAUACCAGAGUGUAUGAGAGACAAAUAUACCGUCGUGCAAUCCAUUAUAGACCUUAUAGUGUUUGCCAUCGUCGGGAUAGGUUAUAUAAUUAGGGCAAUAUAUAGGUCCAUUGUGGGCUAUCAAAAGAAGGAUUUGAAGGGCAGCAUUGCAUUGGUGACUGGUGGCGGCGGAGGAUUGGGCAGUCUCAUAGCGUUGAGAUUAGCAAGACUGGGGUGCACCGUCAUAUUAUGGGACAUAAAUAAACAAGGUUUAGAAGACGCAGUCAAAUUAGUAAAAGGUAUCGGAGGGAACUGCUAUGGUUACGUAGUAGAUCUCGCCAACAGAGAAGACAUUUACAGGGUCGCUAAGAAGGUCGAGGAAGAGGUGGGCAGGGUGACAUUAUUAAUAAACAAUGCGGGCGUGGUGUCAGGACAGUAUCUGCUCGACACUCCAGACCAUCUCAUACAGAGGACCUUCGAUGUCAAUGUACUCGCUCACUUUUGGACAGUGAAAGCGUUCUUGCCGACAAUGAUUGAACAUAAUGACGGUCAUAUAGUGACCAUAGCGUCGAUGGCGGGCUACAUAGGUGUGUCCAAGUUAGUGGACUAUUGUUCGUCCAAGGCUGCCGCUUGUGGAUUUGACGAGUCACUGCGAAUGGAGCUAAAUUCGAGAGGCAUUAAAGGCAUUCACACUUCGUUGAUAUGUCCAUUCUUCAUUAGGUCGACAGGAAUGUUUGACGAAGUCAAUGCGAGAUUAGUUCCUCAGCUCAACUCAAAUGAUGUAGCUGAUCGCGUAGUGCUGGCCAUCAGAACAAAUGAAGCUGUCGCCCUCAUACCAGGAUUCUUUAGAGUACUACUACCCUUCAGAUGGAUUGUUCCAUGGAAGUGUUUAGGCGACUUCAUCAAAGUGAUCGUACCAGACGCAGCGCCACAUUCUGCACAAAACUCCCCAACAACAUUGCUUCCGUCGAACCCUUCUCCAUUGCAUACCAAACACGAAUCGCGACCAAUGUCGCUUGUUCCACCCGAGCGACACGACCGACAAGUUUGACGAUUAUAAAAUACGUUAGGGGGUGAUAUGUCAUCUAAUAUAUGGGAUCAAAGCAGGAUAAAAUCAAUUUGUGAAGUUAUUGAUAGACUUUUAAAAUUCUAUAAUCUCUUUUGAAUUAUCCAGAGAUAUUAGUUUUUCUUUCUCUCCUGUUUAUAUAGUUCCAAAAUGUAGAUAUAGUCAUUAUUAUAUAUUUGAUAAUGUAAAUCCCCCUUUUAAGAGCUAGCAUAUAGUGAUAACUUUAUCGCCGUGAAUAUUUCGUCACCGCUAUGAACUCUCAGGAUAUACAAUUAAGUUUUGUGACAUGCGUAACGAUUACGAAAUUAUCACGGUGACAAUACCACUUGUGCGUGCUAUGGCUCUGAAACCUUGGUUGUUACAAUAAUUUAAUACUAGUGUAAAAUAGUAGAUGCUCUAUAUCUAGUUAUACCUGGCCGAUAGGUGUAAUCAUGAGUGAGUUUAGAAUAUAUUUUCAUUGAAUGGGAAAUAGAGGAAAAUAAAGUUUCUCAAUGGUUACGGUUAGUUGUUUCAAAUACAACACAAAGAUAGCGUUGAGAUUUAUAUUAUUAUUUUAUAUCUACUAAUUCUAUUUAGAAUUAGAGAUAAUGAUAUUAUUAUUUUUAACUAUAUUUCUUAUUAUUAUUUUUAUACGGAAGACAAUCGCUGCAUACUUCUAAUAUAAAGAAGGCAUAGAAAUUUAUUUUAAAAAUAUUAAAGUAGUAAAUAUAUCCCAAUAAUAAUAAUAUUAAAGUGUAUGUACAUGAACGAUAUAAUAUUUUAUCAUUACUUACAAAAGAAAUUGUCAAGACUGCUGUUCUAGGCUAAAUAGUGAGUAGUUCUAAGGUGUAAUUUUAUCUUCUACACCAGAACAAUUGUUCUUAAUAAACAUUCGAAUUUACAUAAAUUGUUUCCAUAAAGUUUAUUAAUUACAUACUAAAUUUAGGUGCCGCACUGAAAGCGAGAUGAUAGCAAAUAUUGUGUUACGUUAUUUAUAGAUGGAAGAUGUAUCGAAAAUUUACUAAACUGUUAUAAACGUCUCGAAACUUCUGUGGUCUAUAUAUAAUAUUUGUAGCAUUUUAAAGAGGCCUUAACAUUUUUGUAUUAGAAUUCGAACUGUAACGAGAAAAUGGUACAUUUUACAUUUAAUCUCACUUUCUCAUUUAAAAAUAUAUUUAAUAAACAUUAAAGUGGAUAUUUACAAUUAAAUAUAAAUAUGUACCGUAAGAAACCCAUUAUAAUAUGAACGUCGUAUUAAGUAACCUAUCGCUGUAUUUCCCAGUUUUUUAUACUACGUAGAUGGCAAAUAGGGAUACGGCCCAUCUGAUGAUAAACGAUUACCGUAGCCAUUUUAAUUAACGAUGAUAAUUCGAUUCUAAUUUCUUCAUAAUAGUCUAACGAGUUCGCAUUCGAAUUCGUUACAUUAUUAAGAAAUACAAAGUCAUAUUCUUUAAGAAAUAGAAAUCAAAUUUAUCUGACAAAUAUAUGAAAAAAAUUGUAAAUAAGACUGGAAAACCUAAAAGUUAAUCGUGACUUAUAUGAACAUAAUGUAAUAACAUUUGAGGGCUUCAACCGCAAUGUUAAAUAGUGAAAUA